GUUAGUCUCUGAGUGUCUCUAUUUUGUUGUUGCUUAUAUAUAGAGCUUUCAUUUCUCUUAGUAUGUUUUGAGCCUUCUCGGAUUGUUGGAUGUUUCGUAUAUAUUAUAAUUUUUGUAUUACGUCACAUCACGCAUUUUCUGUUAUUGCUCAUCACAUAUUUUCGAUUACUGCUCAACUAUAUUUUUGUCUGUUUACUUUUGCGUAUAAAUUGUGAUCUGCGUUGACAUUGUAAGAAAGCCACGGUCAUUACAAAGGAAAAAGAAAAAGAAGGCUUGUACUCAAUGAUACACAACUGUUGUAUUUUCUGAAUGCUUGCGUGAUUUAUGUAAUUUUGUUAUUGCAUCAGCGGAUUCAGCAGUGAUGAGUGAACACAACAUUCUUUUUGGAUGAUUCGCUUUUGCCUAAUGUGAUUAUCGUGGUAUGUAAAUUACGAUCUGAAAAUGGCUGAAUCCGAACAGAGAAGUAAAGACGGUUUUAACACGGCAUUGUCCAAAGAGACAAUCAUGAAACAAGAAAAGCGUGAUAAUACAUUGACCAAUGGUGGAAAAGGCUCUGGUGAUGAUGCGGAUAGCUUUGAGGAGUUGCCGCUUGAUAUAGGCGAACACUACCUUGUUCGUAGAACAGACGAUUCCUGGCAUCCUGCAGAAAUUAUUCAAACACGUUACAAUGAAAAUGAAAGUCAUUAUGAAUACUAUGUUCAUUAUGAUGGACAUAACAGAAGAUUGGAUGAAUGGGUACCUCGUGAUAGAAUCAUGUCCAGCAGAUUUGAUAUGAGUGAAAUAGAGCGGCAUGAUAGGAAUACUGGAACUGAUUUGUUAGCAGAUUCUUCUGAUCGUAAAAUCACUAGAAAUCAGAAAAGACGUCAUGAUGAGAUUAAUCACAUACAAAAGACUUAUGCAGAAAUGGAUCCUACUACAGCUGCACUGGAAAAGGAACAUGAAGCUAUAACAAAAGUAAAGUAUAUAGAUAGAAUACAGAUAGGUAAAUAUGAGAUUGAUACUUGGUAUUUUAGUCCAUAUCCAGAAGAAUAUGGCAAACAACCAAAACUCUGGAUCUGUGAAUAUUGCUUGAAAUAUAUGCGUCUCGAGAAAACUUAUAGAUAUCAUAUGAGUGAAUGUACUCAUAGACAGCCAGUUGGGAAAGAAAUUUAUAGAAAAGGAACAUUAAGUAUUUGGGAAGUAGAUGGCAGAGAAUACAAAAUUUAUUGUCAGAAUCUUUGUUUAUUAGCUAAAUUGUUUUUGGACCACAAAACGCUUUAUUUUGAUGUAGAACCGUUUCUCUUUUAUAUUUUAUGCGAAGUAGAUAAACACGGUGCACAUUUAGUUGGCUAUUUUUCAAAGGAAAAAGAAUCACCUGAUGGCAAUAAUGUUGCAUGUAUUUUAACUUUACCACCUUUUCAAAGGCAAGGAUAUGGUAAAUUGCUGAUAGCUUUUAGUUAUGAAUUAAGUAGAAUUGAACAAAUGGUUGGAAGUCCAGAAAAACCUUUAAGUGAUCUAGGAAAACUAUCUUAUCGUAGCUACUGGAGUUGGAUUUUAUUGGAAAUUCUUCGAGACUUUAGAGGAACUCUUAGUAUUAAAGAUCUUAGUCAAAUGACCAGCAUCUCGCAAACUGAUAUUAUAUCAACAUUACAAAGUAUGAAUAUGGUUAAAUAUUGGAAAGGACAACAUGUUAUUUGCGUCACACCUAAAUUAGUGGAAGAACACAUAAAAAGCAGUCAAUAUAAAAGACCACGUCUUACAGUCGAUAGCAGUGCAUUGAGAUGGGGAGCGCCGCCUCGAAAAAACGUGAAACCUGGCAAAAAGUAGCAGGCUUAAAUGAUCUGAUGUUUUUUUUAAUUACUAUUUAAUAUAUAUUUAAAGCUUAAUGUACUCAAUUAUAUUAUAAUUUAUGGUUUGAUAAAUUUGUUAGUCAUUGCAUGGUAUAUCAGUAUAAUUACCUUUUUACAAAAUAAUUUAAGAGACUACAUAUAAUACAAUAUUUAAUAUGAUAGAGAUUAAAAGAAAAAAAAAAAGUUUUUAAGGUUCUCGAGAACUCAACUGAAAACUCCACGUUGACGGUAGCGACGUACUGUCGCGGUGAAAAAUAAAAGCUUAUUCAUCCUUGUCAUCUUA